AGAUCACCGGCUAUCUUACGAAAUAUGUGAAAUAACAAUUGCAAAGCAAACAGCGACGGACGAUAGAGCUAGCAAAAUAACAGUUUCAAUAAACGUUACUCUUCGCCACGCGUGUGGAUGCCACAAAUGUGGCGCAACGCUACACCACUUCCACCACUGUAUACCGCAGAUACAGCAACAUAGUCGCGCAUAAACAACUCAGACCCCACUUGUCGCUCUCUACGCACCCCACACUAAGCCACCAGCCUGUCUCCAUCCUGCUCAGCGCCAGCGAUUAUUCCACCAUGCAUGCAUUCAAUUUGAACACACACACCAGCGCCUUUAUUGCCAUGAGCAUCACUUACCUGCUGUUCGCGCUGCACACCUUAGCCUACCACGUAGACACAUUGUCGCCCGCCACAGGUAAAAUCCCAGUAACACAUACAACCGUUAGCACACGCAAGCUGAAUCACACGGCUUUGCUGGAUAUGUCGAUCGACAUUGCGGUCGAUCCGCAAGCGAAUGUGACUGUGGUGGCGUCGACGAUGGCGACGUCGACAUUGGCAGAGUUGGCGUUGAAUUCCAGUGGAAUUGUCACCUUUGGCCCUGACAGUGGAUAUGUGUACGAAGACCGGCAAGGUCAUGUGGUGAAGCGCGAGAACAUCGAGUAUGAUUUGACCGGCUUGCGCGUGUACAAUGUGGGUGUGUUGAUGGCUUCACAUCUGGAUUCGCCCUUCGAUCUGGAGCGCUGUGGACCCGCCGUGGAUUUGGCAUUGGAUGUAAUUAAUAGGGAAUUUUUGAAGCCGCAUAAAAUCAAAUUGCGCAAAGUGCAAGCAAGUUAUCCUUCCUGUUCCGGUGCAAAAGCACCUGGUUUGGCCGCUGACAUGCAUUUUAAGGACGACGUCAUAGCUUUUAUUGGACCUGCAUGUGCAUUUGCUUUGGAGCCGGUGGCACGUCUAGCUGCCUAUUGGAAUUCUCCGAUCAUUACCGGUAUGGGUGAUCAGCCACCUUCUGAUGACGAAUUAACGGUAACAUCUGGCAUAUUAGGAAAAAUUCAUAAAUGGAAAAAUGAGAGCACGGGCAUGUUUAAAGACAAGAGUAAAUAUCCCACACUUACGCGCAUGUCUUAUUGCCAGUGCCGUCUUAAAUUGGUCUUUGCCAGUAUUUUUCGGCAAUUUAAGUGGAAACAUGUGGCAUUGAUCAUCGACCGCUCGGACCUUUUCUCCCUAACUGUAGGCAAGAAUUUGGAGUAUGGACUACGGCAAGAGGGUCUACUUAGUUUCGUACGUGAGUUGAAUGGUAAUGAGCAAGAACCGUAUGAGAAUUACUUGAAGGAUGCGAGCAUGUAUGCAAGAGUGGUCAUUUUAUCCUUACGUGGCGAGUUAGUGCGUAAAUUUAUGCUCGCCGCUUACACGCUGGGAAUGACGAAUGGCGAUUGGGUCUUUCUAGAUGUCGAAAUAUUUCAGAGUUCCUAUUGGGGUGAUCAUGACUGGGAAGCGGGCGAUGCGUUCGAUAGCCAUGCACGAAAGGCCUAUGAGGCGUUAUUACGUGUUUCGCUGUUGCAACCUACCAAUCCGGAGUAUCAAGGCUUCGCGGAUAAAGUGCGUGUUAUGGCCAAAGCUUACAACUAUUCUUUCAGCGAUGGUGAAGAGGUGAACUUUUUCAUCGGCGCAUUUUACGAUGGCGUUUACUUGCUCGGCAUGGCCUUUAAUGAAACCCUGAGCGAGGGCGGCGAUAUACGUGAUGGCAUGGCCAUAACACGACGCAUGUGGAAUCGUAAUUUUCAUGGCAUAACUGGUCAUGUACGCAUAGAUGAUAACGGUGAUCGUGAUGCUGAUUACUCCAUUUCCGAUUUAGAUCCGAUAAAUGGCAAAUUUGAGGUGGUGGCACAUUAUUAUGGACUUCAUCGCGAAUAUUCAGCCGUGGCAGGGAAGAAGAUACACUGGCCUGGUGGACGUGAAGGUCCACCGCCGGAUGUACCACGCUGUGGCUUUUUAGGCAACGCGCCGGAAUGUCAUGGCAAUGAGUUAAUCAUUAUGUAUGGAACAUUUGCAUUCGCAAUUUUCUUCGGUUUUUCCUUUCUGGUCGUUUAUCUGAUGUGCAAGCAAAUGAAACUGAAUAAUGAACUCAAUAACAUGUCUUGGCGUGUGCGUCCGGACGAGGUGCUACUUGAGGUGGGCAGACUUCAUGGCAGCAAAGUGGGUCUGCAAAAGCUUAAUGUAGAGAACUUCUCACUGCAACAAUACGACAUACAUUCCGGUCGCGCCUCCAUCGCCAGUUGCACCUCGCUACCACUGACGCAAGUUUUCACCACCAUUGGUAUCUUUAAAGGCGAGCGUGUCGCUAUCAAGAAGAUACACCGCAAAAAGGUGGACAUUACACCAACGCUCUUGUGGGAGAUCAAACAGGCGCGCGAUGUUAGUCACGAGAAUACCGUGCGUUUUGUGGGCGCCUGCAUCGACUUGCCACGUCCCACCGUGCUCAUACUAACCGAAUACUGUCCGAAAGGCAGUUUGAAGGAUGUGCUCGAAAACGAGGCAAUACAGCUGGAUUGGAACUUUCGCAUGUCACUCAUACAUGACAUCGUUAAGGGUAUGGCUUACUUACAUAACAGUGAUGUACAAGUACAUGGCAAAUUGCGCUCGUGUAAUUGUCUCAUUGAUGGACGUUUCGUGUUAAAAAUAUCAGAUUUCGGUUUGCGUUCGUUGACCACGCCGUCGGAGUUCGUGAAGGAUCAGAACUAUUUUAACAAGUUCCUCUGGAUUGCGCCCGAAUUGCUACCGCUAACUGUGCUACCCGGUAAUCCGGCCACACAGAAGGGUGAUGUCUACUCAUUUGCUAUAAUAUUGGAAGAAAUUGUCGUGCGUGGUGGGCCCUAUGAAAUGAUACGUCAAUUUAUGGAUGUGCAAACUAUAUUGAAUCGCGUUGAGGCUCAUGAAUCACCACCGUUUCGUCCCUUUGUGGGUCAACUCGAUUGUCCACCCGAUGUGCUUGAUCUGAUGGAAAAGUGUUGGGCUGAUAAUCCAGAAGACAGACCGGCAUUCGCGACAAUCCGAUCAACUGUGCGGCUAAUCAUGAAAGGCUUUUGUGAGAACCUAAUGGAUGACUUGCUGCGUCGCAUGGAACAGUAUGCCAACAACUUGGAAAGUUUGGUGGAGGAGAAGACGGAACAGCUGAGCAUGGAAAAACGCCGCACCGAAGAAUUACUGUACCAAGUACUACCGAGACCUGUGGCUACACAGUUGCUCGCCGGCGAAAUGGUACAACCAGAACAAUUCGAAUGUGUGACCAUUUACUUCAGUGACAUCGUUGGUUUCACGGCACUUUGCGCUGAAAGCGGCCCCAUGGAGGUGGUCGCCUUUCUCAACGAUCUCUAUAGUACAUUUGAUCGUAUUAUCGGUUUCUAUGACGUGUAUAAGGUCGAAACAAUUGGCGAUGCUUAUAUGGUGGUUUCCGGUCUACCUGAACGUAAUGAUGAUCAUGCACGUGAAAUUGGGCUGAUGUCACUCGCCAUCUUGGAUGCUGUCAAAUCGUUUACCAUACGUCACAAGCCGGAUUAUCAGUUGAAAAUUAGAAUCGGCAUACAUGCAGGUCCAGUUUGCGCGGGUGUUGUGGGUCAAAAGAUGCCACAUUAUUGUCUGUUCGGCGACACUGUCAAUACGGCGUCGCGCAUGGAGUCAGCAGGGUUACCGCUGAAAAUCCAUGUCUCCGCAGCGGCUAAAACAAUUUUCGACAAAUUUGGCACCUUCCAAAUGGAAUUACGCGGUGAUGUAGAAUUAAAAGGUAAGGGUACAGUGACUACUUAUUGGCUAUUGGGUUGCACCGAACCGGAUCCACGACCACCAACGCCACAAAAGACCAAUAACGGCGAGGUACCAUUCCCGAUACUCUUUCCAGCGAUUGGGAAAUAGCUUUCAGCUGCCGAAGAGCAUGAAUGUGCGAUCUCCGAAUUUUGAAAUACGCUCAAUUGUUACCUGUUCAAAGUAUGCGGUUAUACACCCAAAAUUAUAUAAACUUAAGCAGCCUGUUGUUAGAAUAUGCUUAUGUUGGAGAGUUGGUACUGCUGUGGUGUUACUCCAAAGUUAUAUUUAUUCAUUCCAGUACAAGUCUCUGUGUACCUAAAACUUUGUAUUAUUGUGUAGUGAAAUCAUACACAUACAUACAGUAUUUUAUAUUUCUACUCAUAACUGUUAAAUGUACUGUAGUGUUUGUUUGAAAGCUGCUAAGCAUUGUGCUUAUGUGGACUGAGCUUUGAAACUAUAAGAACUAGUAGUUGGUUUAUUGGAAUGCUCAUAUUAUUAUUUGUCAGAUGACGAUGGAAUACGAAGGUCUACAAAAAAGAAAGAUAUCUUUAAGCAGCGAAGUUAUAUUGAGGCAAAAAAAAUGAUUCUAUUCAUCCAAUGAGUACAAUAGAGCGCUCAAUUAGCAUAUUAUAUUUAUUAUUUAUAUAUGAGCACGAUAGUAUGGAAUUAUGCUAGUCAAUACAAAAAUAAAUGUGAAUGUAUUUAUGUAACGUCAAUGUGCUGUGAAAAAUAUACAAAUUUUAGAUAUAUGUACGAUGAUGUCAAUGUUUACACAAUUAAAUAAACGAAUAAAG